CCUCUGGCCCGCCCGCCUUGGCCGCGCCCGUCGCAGCGCGGUGACCGCGGGAUCAGGCGGGGGGUCAGGGCCCGGGCCCGGCUCUGCCGCCUCCUUCCCAGCCCGGAAACCGCCUUCAGGCCGCUGGCGAGUGUGGCCCGUGGGGUACUUGCCCAGGGGGAGCCCGCGGCGCUCGCUGUCCCCGCGCUGCGCUGGGAUGGGGGCAGGGGCAGCGGCGGGGUCCGGGCCAGCCCCCGAGUCCCCCACCUUGUGUUCACGAGGGGAUCCAGGCUGUCCAGGAGUAAAUGAAGAGGCUGGGUGGUAGACCUGGCUGGCAAACUGCGCUUGCCCACGCAGCCUGAUUGGAGAGCGAUUUGUAUGAAUCGCUUCCAGCAGAAGACAGACAGGAACGACGCUAAUGCUUCAGAGGAAGGUGUGUCUGCCCAAUCCUUUCUUCAUUCUUUUACACUGGCUAGUGCUGCUUUUAAUCUACAAGUUGCCACUCCAGGGGGGAAGUUAAUUGACUUUGUUGAUGUGAAUGAGAGCAACAUGCGUUGGAUACAGGACUUCCGUAUGAAAUCUUAUGCAAAUCCUGCCAAGUUGGAGUCAAUUGAUGGUGCUAGAUACCAUGCCCUGUUGAUUCCUAACUGUCCUGGGGCUUUGACUGACCUUGCAAACAGUGGAUACCUAGCUAGGAUAUUGCAGCACUUCAGCAAUGAGAACAAGCCUAUUUGUGCUGUGGGACAUGGAGUUGCUGCUUUAUGUUGUGCCACAAAUGAGGAUAAAUCCUGGGUAUUUCAGGGAUACAGCCUGACAGGGCCCUCUGUGUAUGAGCUGAUAAGGCAGCCCAGUUUUGCCAGUUUGUCCAUUAUUGUGGAGGACUUUGUGAAAGAUUCUGGAGCUACCUUUAGUGCCAGCAGGCCAGAUGCUGUACACAUAGUUCUGGACAGGCACCUUGUUACAGGACAGAAUGAGAAUUCCACUGUUGUAGCUGUCCAGAACCUUAUUCUUCUCUUCAAUGGCAGCAGGAAAUGAAGGAGCAGGCCUCCUUGUAGCUGGGAUGGAUGAAGAGCCAGAGAGACUGAAGACUUUCUUGUCUGUGAAUGGGAUGUCUUGCUGAUGGAGAGGGCCAUCAGCACUUCUGUUGACUCUGUGAUUGUGAAGAGGAAGUACCAAUGUACGUGCAGAGUGGAUAAAGCUUGUGAACAAGAAAGCAUUUAUGUGUAUCACUCCUUAAAGAUGAUCCUGAAAUAGUCUCACUUCACUUUCUGGUAGUGAAACUUUUCUUUCAGAAUUUCUCCCCCCUGCCCUUGAAAAAAGAAGUUUCUACAUUUUACAUGGGAAAACAUCCUAAAAAAAGCAUUUAUAUUUAUAAUACCAACACUUCUCCUUGUGCUAAAGGGCGGAGACCCCACUCUAGGGCGAUAUGAUGUCAGCCCUUCGUUGGGAACCUGGUAAUUCAGCUCCAUAGCAAAACAGUUCUGGAAUGCUCUCAAUUUAGGUCCAUUCAUUUAUCAGCUGGUGCCUGUGGUUCAGAUCUCAAACUCCACAAUUAAUGCUGCAUUGAAUUGCAGUUUGAAAUCUAUUCUAGCCCUCUGUCCAAUGAGUCAUAAAGUUGGCUCCAGACUCUCUAAAUGGAUUUUUGAAAGUGAGACAAAUUUGAGAUAUAAAGGAAAAUGCUUAGAUAAAUCCUGCAUGACUGCAACUGAACAACUGAGUCUGAAGCAGCUCACCUUGGUGAUACCAUUGACAUAAUGUGCUCUUUUCUCAUUGUGCACUUUUGUAAAAAAUCUGCUCAAAGGUUGUUUUAAAGGACCCUCUAAAAAGUCCUUUGCAGUACUGUUGUGUGCAGCAUGUAUUAUGAAUUUGUAUUAUUUGGAUUGUUAGAAAUAUUGAUCUCUGGCAAAUACAGUGCAAUUGUCUGUUCUUGGAAUUAAUUUUAUUACAGAAGUAAAAAUGAAUUUACUUGGACCAAAUAGAUUUCAUCCUGUAUGUAGUUUCUUAGCAGAUCGACUCAUUCUCUUUGCAUUUCAUAUUGAGCAUAUCAUUUGUUCCUUUCCAUCCAUUUAAAAAAUAAAAGGAGACAGUCAGACCACAAAGAAGGGUUUUCCCUCCACCUUAGUCCUAACUAUGCAAAAGCUGUUGCCGGAAGGUGGAUGCAUUCAUGGGUGGCUUUUUUUUUUUCAUGACUGAAAUUGAGACCACACUUUUCUGCAGUAUUCUCUAGGGAGCUGAACUCAAAGUUUCUCCUGGUUAUGUUUUUCCUUAAAGGGAGCAUCAGAUGCUGUAAUCAUAGUAAUCUGGCAGACCAGCCUUGUUCCCUUUUCUGAGGGGAAAUGUUUAUUAGCUGUACUUCCUCUCAAAACUGCUGUGUGAGCUUAAAUAAUUUGCCAUGGGGUUUCUAGGAUUUCUGGCUGUGUUAUAAACUGAAUCCCUGUUUUCAGAUUUGUACUUGUGAUGGAAAUGUUGGUUAAAUCUUCAUCCCUGUCAGCUUCUGUCAAGGAUUUUCUUUUAGUUUUUUCUCUGCUGCCAGAACAUACGUCUCAGCUGCAGUUUCAGUGGACCAUCCAGUGAAAUGAUGUGGAACAUCUAUUUCAGUAGCAUGUAGAGGCUCAGACAGAGGCCAUGUCUAGACUACAAAAUUAAGCCGACCUAAAUUACAUCAGCAUACAGUCGUUGUAGUAAUUAUAUUGCUUGUGCAUGUUUACACUUUGCUACUUAAUGUCAGCGGUGCAUGUCCUCACCAGCAGCACUUGCACCAAUUGAACUAUCCUUGUGGGACAGCUUCUGAAAGCCAGCAACAGUCGAUGUAAGCAACACAGUGUCUACACUCACACUGUGUCAGCCUAACUACAUCAACAUUGACUCUACGCCUCUCGUGAAGGUAGAGUUAAGUUGAUGUAACAGGCCAGUUACGUCUGUGGGAGCAAAAUUUUAGUGUAGAUGUUUACAUAGGUCAACGUCAGCUGUUUUGUGUCUACCUAACUCUGCAGAAUAGACCAGGACUGAGAUUGGGGCCCCACUGUGCCGGGUGACGUACUCUCACAGAGUAAGAGAGAGGUUCUGCCCCCAAAGAAUUUACAGUCUAAAUAGACAAAACAGACAAAGCCCUAUCCACUAGACCAGAGGUUCUAAAACUGGGAGGCAGGCCCCUAGGAGGGGGGUGUGCAUGAGCAGCUUUCGUGGGGAAAAAAAUUUACUGUGCACACUUUACCCACAGCAGUGAAUAAUUAGCAAAGCUGAUUCCUCCAGACAUCAUAGUUCCUCAGAUGGCGCUGUGCAUAUUGAUGGAUUUCUGUUAACCUUGUAUUAUACAAAGUCGUUGCCAUCUGUAUGUUAAUCUGUUUGCUACAACACGGCAUGCACGUUUCAUUGUAAGCAUCGACCACAAUCACUGUUUUGCUUUUGCUCUUAUUACCAUGGAUCGUUGGCUCUGUUUGGAUCAAAGCCUUAAUGCUUUUAAUAUUUAAACGAGAGCUGCAUAUUAGGUGUGGUGGUGGUGUUUUUUUUAUUGAUAUGUGUAUUGUAUACUUGUGUGGUGAGAGGAGGGGGCAUAAACUACUACAGACACAAAGAAGGGCGCGAUCAAACAAGUUUGAGAAAUACUGCGCCAGCCUACGCUGCCUCCCAUCUCUCUCUAGAAUGUUCCCAGCUUUGAUAGUCCAUAUUCCUGCCUCUUCCUUCAUUCCCCCACCCCCAUUUAAAAGCAGUUGAGAGAAAUCUAGUUCUCCAAGGGCAGGAAACUGAAAGUUGCUCUCAAGACUGCCAAUCUUUUCUGCUUUUAUUUUUCUGAAUUGAAACAUUUAGGGGCCAGGAGAGAAGACUUGUAAUUUCACCAAGUCUGAUUUCACCCAAAAUUAGAGUCUCAAGUACUAUUUUUUCCCCAAUGGCAGCUUGAACUACAAGUGUGAUGGCAAUAACUUGUGGUUUUGAAAGCAGAAAGUGAAACAUAAUUUAAUUCAAAAUAGUUUUUGAUUGGAUUUGGGUAAUAAACUGGUUCUAUUUCAA